UGUUACUUUGGUGUAAAAUUAAUAAUCUGAUAGACAAAAAUGGCCAUUAAAUCUCGAUUGCUUUAUUAGUAAGCCUACCUUCACAUACUUCGUAACAAUUGUCUACUUACAGUAUGUGGGUCACGUCACUAUGUUGCUCUAAUUUCCGUCUGAGUGCGUGUUAAAUAUGAAGGUGUGCGAGUAGUCUGUCAGAAAGCUACUACGGCGCGCGCGCUGACACAGUAAUUGCCACGCGCACUUUUAGCGCUCCCAUACAGUGAGUGAGUGAGCAUGACUGAACAGAAUCUGACAUCUGUACGGCACUCGCUCUAAUCGCGUGUAACGCUUUUAUCUCCGCCUAAAAAGUCUUCUGGUGUGCCGCUCUCUGUCAGUUACGCGAGUGAUGGUUAGCAGCGCCGUGCGCUCAGUGAGGAAGGGCAUCUCGUGCCCGACACAAGACCCGAACUGCACGCGCAUCGUGGAAAGCCUCUCCUCGUGGAACAACUCCGUGAUGAGCGAGUACAGGCUGGUUGAUUUACCCCCCACGACCACAUCAGUUGCCAUGGUAGAAGAGUCAGUUUACCCUUUCCCAACGGUGGAUGUGCCUGAUCAUGCUCAUUACACUAUUGGUGCUGUCAUCCUUACUGUUGGCAUCACUGGCAUGUUGGGCAACUUCCUGGUCAUCUAUGCAUUUAGCAGGAGCCGGACCCUGAGGACACCUGCCAACUUGUUUAUAAUAAACCUGGCCAUCACAGACUUCCUCAUGUGUGCCACCCAGGCACCCAUUUUUUUCACCACCAGCAUGCACAAGAGAUGGAUCUUUGGGGAGAAAGGUUGUGAGUUGUAUGCAUUCUGUGGGGCUUUAUUUGGCAUCUGCUCCAUGAUCACACUCAUGGUCAUCGCCGUGGAUCGAUACUUCGUGAUCACGCGGCCGUUAGCCUCCAUCGGUGUGUUGUCUCAGAAGAGAGCUCUGCUGAUCCUUCUGAUAGCCUGGGCCUAUUCACUUGGCUGGAGCCUGCCACCCUUCUUUGGAUGGAGUGCUUAUGUUCCUGAAGGGCUGUUGACCUCUUGCACCUGGGAUUAUAUGACCUUUACACCCUCCGUGCGAGCUUACACUAUGCUCCUCUUCACCUUCGUCUUCUUCAUUCCACUUAUCGUCAUCAUCUAUUGCUAUUUCUUUAUUUUCCGUUCCAUUCGCAGCACUAAUGAAGCUGUGGGCAAAAUUAAUGGAGAUAACAAGAGAGACUCAAUUAAACGAUUCCAACGACUGAAAAAUGAGUGGAAGAUGGCGAAAAUUGCUCUUAUUGUCAUUCUCAUGUAUGUCAUCUCCUGGUCUCCAUAUUCAACUGUGGCACUGACAGCCUUUGCUGGGUAUGCUGACAUGCUCACACCGUAUAUGAAUUCAGUACCUGCUGUAAUAGCCAAAGCAUCGGCGAUCCACAAUCCCAUCAUCUAUGCCAUCACACACCCUAAAUACAGGUUGGCCAUAGCGAAAUACAUUCCAUGUCUUCGUGUGCUGUUGUGCGUCCCCAAGCGUGACCUCCACUCAUUCCAGAGCAGCUUCAUGUCCACACGCCGUUCCACCGUCACAAGCCAGUCCUCUGAUAUGUCCGGACAGUUCCGCAGAACCAGCACUGGCAAGUCCCGGCUCUCCUCAGCCUCCGACAGCGAAUCUGGCUGGACGGACACUGAGGCUGAUCUCUCGAGCGUGAGCUCCAGACCUGCCAGCCGGCAGGUGUCUUGUGACAUCAGCAAGGACACUGCAGAGAUCCCAGACUUCAAACCAUGUAACUCAUCCAGCUUCAAGUCUAAGCUCAAAAGCCAUGACUCGGGUAUCUUUGAAAAGAGCUCCUCUGAUGUGGAUGAUGUGUCUGUGGUCGGACUCGUUCAAACUUCUGGUGACAGUACAGACAUGCCAGUUUCAAGAGGUGCGAUUGGCCGGAUUCCCAGCAUUGUCAUCACCUCUGAGUCGAGCUCUUUCCUGCCCUCAGUACGGCCCAGCUACAGAAGCAGCCGCUCAAGUAUGUCCAGUGUUGGGGCAAAUCCGCCCAGAAGAGACUCUCGUGGAGGAGUCCAGCAGGGGGCAGUGCUUCUCUCCACUGCUGCUGAAACACCUGAACCUGCUCAUUUAGACAACCCUCGCCCUAAACAUCUCUAGUGUUUAUACCAAUCGCCAUCUGAAUCUUACCUUUAAGCUUUGUGUCAGGGUUCAGUGUUUUUUUUUUUUUUUUUUUUUUUUUAAUGAGUUAUCAUGUUAUGUGGUGUAGACAUUUAGUAAGAGAGUAAGAGAGAGUUGUAUUACAAAAUGUAAAAUGUGAAAGUCAUACAUUGAUUAUCUUUUCUUUUACAUGUGUAAUACAAUUUUAUGAUGACCUCAACUGUUACAGUAUGACCAGCACCUUUGUUUCCCUCUGUUUUAAAGGGAUAGUUUACCCCCAAGUAAUUCCAAACCUGUAUAAAUUUCUUAGUUCUGCUGAACACAAAGAAAGAUUUUCGGAAGAAUGUCCGUAACCAAACAGAUCUCGCCCUCCAUUUACUACCAUAGUAGGUAGUCUAGAUAAAUAAAUACUAUGGUAGUCAAUGGGGGGCGAGUUACUGACAUGCUUACAAAUAUCUUCCUUUGUGUUCAGCAGAACAAAGAAAUUCAUACAGGUUUGGAACUACGUGAGGGUGAGUAAAUGAUGACAGAAUUUUCAUUUUGGGGUGAACUAUCCCUUUAACUGAAUAUUUAGGAGACAGUGCUUUAAAUCAGGCAAAGUUACUUAUGGAGAAUUGGAUGGAUGGAGAGAAAGGGCAUCUCAAGUUAUUUUAGUCUGGGCAUCAAUGUCAAAUAGCAUAUACAGGUAAUAUCAGCUUACUUGAGUUGUUUGUGUUUGCUUUAGUAUUAAGCUUUAAAGGUUUGUGUUUCGUGUACAUUAUACAUUUUAUUUCAAAAGUUGUUUCCUUUAACCUUCAGGAUUUUUACAAUGCCAUUUUCAACCAGCAUACCUGAUAGUUAUGUCACUAUCUUCACUCAAAGUGAGACUCUGCCUGAAUGUGUUUUGCUUAACAGGAUCAUCUUAAGACUGCGGCAUGUGAGUUUUGCUCUUGAGACGCUGAAAUGUUCUCUGAUUGCUUCCACAGAGCCUAAAUAUCAUAACAUCCUGUUUAGAAAACAUGGUGAUUUCUGUUAGGAUCUUAUUUUAAUAAUUAGAUCUUGAGACUUAAAGCAACACUAAGUAACUUAGUUGAUAAAUUACAAAAUGUUAUUUAAUGAGAGAGUGCAAGAAAACUUCCAAACCAUGUAAUAAACCUAUAAUAAUGCAAGUGUGGGUAUUGGGACAGACUAAGAUCUAAGGACGUUUCUGUAAUUCUGCCCCUAACCUCUGAUCUUUGAUUUGAAAGCAUUGUGUUCAUUUCUUGUAUGUUGUCUUUUUUUAUUUGUAGCUAUAGAUACAUGUAGUAAAUGUGUGCUUUUGUUUGUAAAGGUCUUGUAAUAUUAUUAAUGGCCUCUGAAAGUAACUGUCUGGUGCAGUAGAACUCUGAGAACUUCAGCGUUAAGAAUGUGGAAUUCAUGUUAUCAUACUUUGCAAAUGUAUGCAAACAGAGCUAUUCAAUUCACCAUAAAGCAUCAGACUUAUAUUAUCUGUUUAUUAUAUUUUUUAAACAAUGUAAUCUAUUGAUUGAUGGGAUAAAAAAGGUUUUUGUGUUGCUUUGGAAAGAACAAAGACGUAAUCUCAAACAGCACAAGCCACAGAAUGCAUAUGCUUGGAGCAGGGACACGUCAUUAUCUCGAUAAAUCACACCAACAGAGAAUUCGCAACUUAUGUUAUACAUGCUGUGUGUGUUUCCAUCAAUACAUCAUCAAGAUGAAUGACCCUACAUGAAUAUCGAUCAAAUGCUCACAUGUACAUCCACCUCUACAGACAUGUUGCUUUUUAAUAUUGUAAAAAAUGUGUAGUAGAGUACGCAAUCAAAUUAUAGUCAGCUAUUAAUGUUUAAACAGUUAUGUUGAAUUUACUCAAUGACAGGUCAGAAGGACUGGCUGUACCUCAAAUGUGAUGGUGGCUGCUCUUCUAGAUAGUUCUGGAAGACACGUUUAGCAAAUAAACUUUGUGGCACUCUUUGGAGUUAGAUCUAGUGUUAGGACUCAGUUGAGUGGUUUAUUUGUUAAUGUAAAGGAAUCAUUUAUUUGUCCAGAUGACUACAGUCUGGACUGUUUAUAUUGUUAUAUUGUAUGUCUCAGAUUGAAUCCAAGUUUAUAUUUGUUAAUGUGUAUCCAUUUAAAUGAAAGACACCGUAUAUAUAUGUAUCUGACACCAAGGAGAACUUUAUUGUAUCUUUGUAACGCUCUUAUAUGUGGUUGCUCCUAUUUAUUUAUUUUUUAAAUAAAACUGCAGUUCUACA